AUGGCACACUCUAUUGAUAUUACCCAAAUAGAUCACGGAACUCCACUGCUUCGUCAAGCAACAAAAGAUGAGAUAGAAGAAGGGAAGAAGGUGGAUACCAAUAAAUCUGCAAAUCAAAUCUUUGAGGAAAAAGUAAAGGGCAUGGACAAUUCGUCUGUCAAAUCCAUUACCAUAUUCAAAGUAAAUGUUGGGUUACGUGAAUCAAAUCCAGAUGCUUAUACCCCAAAGAUUAUCUCCAUUGGUCCUUACCAUAACAAAAAUCCUCAACUUGGCUCAAUGAAAAAAUAUAAACUGUUGUACCUACAACGGUUUCUCAAACGGAAAACGGAGAUUGAUGUGGAAAGUUGCAUCAGUAAAUUGGAGAAAAAUAAAGAUGAAGCACUAAAGUGUUAUGAUGUUAACAUUGACAGUGACAUUGUUGUCGAAUUUUCACAAAUGAUGUUGCUUGAUGGCUGUUUUAUAGUCGAGUUUAUUCGAGAGUGUUGUGGAUGGAAGCCAACAGAAGAAGACGAAAUCAUCAACAGGGAAUGGAUGAUGUUACAAGUAUGUCGAGACAUGUUAUUACUAGAAAACCAACUACCUUAUUUUGUACUCACCAUGUUACAUGAAAUGACUAAGUAUCCUAAAGAACCAAACUUGAUAAAGAUGGUGAAAUCCACAUUCCCUGAUCUUUUCCCAAAUAAGAAUCCUGAAAUAAUUGAUGGUACUGCGCCUCAACAACCAGACCAUUUACUUGAUGUGUUACACAUGUUGUCUCGCCCAUCAAAAAUGAAAAAUACUAGCAAAACCACGAAUGGUAGCACCCGAAAGGAAUGUUGUAACAUAAGUUUUUUGGGGAAAAUUUUGCAAAUAAUUAGGUCAAAAGAAAUGCCAGACGAAAUUAGUGGUUGGGAAUGCUGCCAAAUUCCAAGUGCAACAGAACUUUAUGAAGCUGGAGUCAGCUUCCAAAAAUUAGGAGCUUUGGGAAAAGAUAGUAUGGAUAGAACAACUAUAUUCGAUAUCAAGUUUAAAGAUGGAUUGUUUGAAAUCCCUUGUUUUGCAGUUGAGGAUACAUUGGAAACUUUCUUGAGAAAUAUGAUAGCUUAUGAGCAGCACUCGUCUAGUUUACAUCUAAGAUAUUAUACGGAUUAUGGUUGGAUAAUGAGUCAACUUAUUGUCUCACAUAAAGAUGUGAAUCUUCUUCGCCAGAACGGAAUUAUGCUUAACGAGAUAGGACAUGACAAACAA